GCGGGAGCUGCCGGAGCCCGAGCCCAGCUCGGCUGCAGCGCGGCCCGGCCCGGCCCCUCCCGGCUGCGGGAUGGAGCUGCCGGCGGUGGGCGAGCACGUCUUCGCGGUGGAGAGCAUCGAGAAGAAGCGGAUCCGAAAGGGCAGAGUCGAGUACCUGGUGAAAUGGAGGGGAUGGUCGCCCAAAUAUAACACGUGGGAGCCGGAGGAGAACAUCCUGGACCCCCGGCUGCUCAUCGCCUUCCAGAACAGGGAGCGGCAGGAGCAGCUGAUGGGAUACCGCAAGCGGGGGCCCAAGCCAAAGCCGCUGGUCGUGCAGCUUCCCUCCUUCGCCCGCCGCUCAAACAUCCUCACGGGGCUGCAGGACCCGGCCGUGGACACCCGGCCCAAGCUGGACCUCGGCUCCUCCGGCAAGAGCCAGCAGCACCAGUACGAGCUCAACAGCAAGAAGCACCACCAGUACCAGCCCAACGGCAAGGAGAGCAGCAUGAAGCACCAGUCCCACAGCAAAGGGAAGUAUUACUACCAGCUGAACAGCAAGAAGCACCACCACUACCAGCCGGACCCCAAGAUGUACGAGCCCCAUUACCAGCCCAGCAGCAAAGAGCCGCAGGGCCAGGCCUGCUUGGACAGUAACAAGGCCCCCCUGGUCGCCCACCCAGACAAGUGGGCUCACGGCCCGGCCAAAAACUUGCUGGGCCCAGUCAAGAACCUCACGGCAGAGAGCAAAAACGGAGCUGAGAAGAACCUGUCCAGCGGUACCGGGCCGCCCCCCCGGGACAGGGUGACCGGCAAUGGCCUUGGGGGAAAGAUGAAGAUCGUCAAGAACAAAAACAAGAACGGGCGCAUCGUGAUCGUGAUGAGCAAGUACAUGGAGAACGGCAUGCAGGCGGUGAAGAUCAAGUCCGGGGAGCCUCCCCGGAAGCGGGCUGCGGAGGAGAGGACUCCUAAGAAGGGUGGGGAGGAGAAGGUAGAGGCUUGGAGGAAGCCGGGGGAGGAGAGGGUGGUGGGCAGCAAUGCCCUGAGUAAAGCAGGGGACGAGAGCCGGCAGCCCCCUGCGGAGCCGGAGGAAGGCCCCCAAAAGACUCCCUUGGCCAAGGAGCUGCCCCUUCCUCCGGCCGAGCAGCCCUUGCAGCUCACAACCAAGCCGGACCUCGUGCCCUGGUCGCUGAGCCCCGUGCGCGAGCACAGCCCAUCCUCCGUGGGACUGAACCUGUCCGGCGCCAGCUCGCGCAAGCGCUGCCUGUCGGAGCCGCACGCGGAGCGGGAGCCGGGCAAGAAGCGCCUGACCUCCCGCAGCAUCAGUGCCCCCACCUGCCUCAGCCCCCCCGGCCCCGAGCCGCCGGCCCAGCCGGAGGUCAUCCUGCUGGAUUCGGACCUGGACGAGCCCAUAGACUUGCGCUGCGUGAAGCCGCGGGCGGAGGGUGAGCCGGCCCUGGCGCAGGUGAAGCCGGAGCUGCCGCCACCGCCGCCAGCCGAGGAACCAGCCCCGGAGCCUCCGCGGCCCCAGGAGGCCGCAGGGGAGGAGGAAGAGGAGGAGGCCGAGUCCCUGCAGGAAUUCAAGCCCUUCUUUGGGAAUAUAAUUAUCACAGAUGUGACCGCAAACUGCCUGACCGUGACCUUCAAGGAGUACGUGACGGUGUGAGGUGCGGCGGCAGCCGCUCCCCGUGGGAGCUGCUCGCCCGUCCCGGGGCCGCCGGCCCCACGCCUCCCUCCAAGGGACCGGUGCCCCUUCCCCGGAGCCCCCGUGCCCGUGCCCGCGCCGAGGGGAUGCCGGGACAGGGCCAGGCGCGGCGGCCGUCCCUGCCACGUGGGGUGACCUCGCCGCCGCGCCGGGGGCCGCUCCGGGACCUGCCGGCAGUGGGACGCGCGAGGAUGGGACCCGCCAGUUACUCAGAGUUAUAGUAUUAUAUUUUAACAGUGCUAACUUGUCAAGUGAUUCUUGCUCCCGUUCGUACGUGGUGUUCUUGAAAUGUAUUGUUCGAGCUGAAAGCUGGUCGCCCCCUGGCCACGCUAAUAUAUUUAUUUGUAGGUAUUUAUAUAAUGAAAUAUAAAGCCUAGAUUUAUGGAGUCCCUAGAUCACCUUAUAAACUAUAUCAAACGACUAUUUUCUGUUCUCCUUUUUAACCAUUGAGCAUUUGUUAGUCUUGGUCCCUUGCCCUCCCCACGACCCGCAGGACCAUCCCGUAUAUAUUUUUUGAUACUGUACACAUGUGGUGUUUCUAUGUGCAAAAAAAAAAAAAAAAAAUCGUUAUCUAAAGCUAAACGAGCUAUUAUAGAAAUUGCUGCUAUUAGAAAUGUCUAAACUAUAAGCUUCCAAUUAUUAAUUGCUUGAAUGUAAAUAUUAAAUGGAGAUGUUGAAAGUGCAUUUGAUGUUCUGCAGCUAGUGUAGAUCGGAGUGCAAAGCCCAGCUGCUGCGAGCUGCUGCGAGCUGCCAGCGGCGCAUCCUGGUCUGAGGGCUGUGUCACAGGGGAAGAAAUGUAUCAUGCAAUCAUGGCAAAGGACUAUAAACCUUUACAAAAACUA